CUCUCAACACUAUCUUCAAAUGACUUUCUUUCUGUUUGCUUUCUGGUGUUCUGAAACCUCAACUCGUCGAGUGGAGGGACUGGCAACCCUGGCUCGAAACAUAGUUUGCACACACAGAAGCGACGAUUAAACCGGGGAUGUGCGACAAAUUCCUCCCAUCGUUUCUGUUUAGAGAUACCCACCCUCCUCCGUCUAAUACUUUUCUCUUGAGUCUACAUUUACAACCCAUUUUGUCUUGGGUUCCUGUCAUCCAUUUCCUGCUUUUGAUGUGCGGCGUACAUGUCUUGAAUCUGCAUUGUAUUAGUUCGACUCCUCUAUUCAUCGGUGCAGUUCGCAGUGUAUGGCGUCUUAAUUCUGGGUUACUGCCUGAUCGAUUGGACUGUCAUUUGCCGGCUACGUGUGAUCCAUUGAAGUAAUUGGAGCAACAUCUUGCUAAUAUCAUCAUAGUGUCUGGUUACUUUCCAACUAAUUCAGUUACUUUUUAUAAGUGUAUCACACAUCAAGUCAGCUCCGCGAUGGCCACACGCCU